AGCUCAAAGACAUUUCUGGUUUUCUUACCUCAGCUAGGCUACUAUUUUCUUACUCAUCUUACUCUUGAAAAAUGUUUAGUUUGAAGCAUGCUCAUGUUAUUAUAUGGUUUCUUAUGACUCCAUCUGUGACUGCACAUGGAGGUAUCGUUUACAUUCACAAAGUAAGAAAUUCCUCAGUUGACAUUUCUUGUGAAUCUGCAAACAAAGAGGAACAACCAUUUGCCUUUUCGCUGAAACGAAGAUUGCUCCAGUCCAGACAAGUUCUGUAUCUUUCUAAAGGACGAUCACCAUAUAUCAAUACAUCUGAUGAAAAGGAUCGCAUUACUGUACGCGAUGAGUUGGAAAAUCAUGCGAUUCAUCUGACAAUCUCAAACCUCCAAAGACGAGACACAGAUGUAUACCACUGUGUUUUCCACUAUGGAGUUCUCCCAUAUGAAAAGAAUGUACCUGGCAAGACGGAGUUCUUCAUCUAUGUUGAAGACAACUCUCAUGAGCCUUAUAAUUGUUCAAACUAUCUGCCAUUGCUGUAUGUGAUCUCUGGAGCUGCAUGUCUGCUGGGUGUUCUGGUCUUUAGCAUCACUGCAGCUUACUGUUGUAAAUGCCCUAAACGUAGAAAGUUGCAGCCUGUAGUUCCUGUUUAUGAGGAGAUGGCCGGGGUGCGGCCUGCCAAAGGAAAAGCCACACGCUCUCACACAGAUAUUGCAAAACUGGAAGAAGCAAACAGUUCUGGGGCAACCUUGUUCGGCAACCAAAACCUUUAUGUAAAUUAAAUCAGUGAAAAGUAAAGUCGUGAAUGAGAAUUCCCUCAAGACGAUGUUCUUGAAAAGUGUUUGGUUUUUGAACAGAA